AUGUUGUUUGCUGACCUACUGGCCAUCAUUGGAGGAAUGACUGUGACUUUCUACCUUCUGAAAAUCACUUGGAGAUGUUGGUGUGGAUUUAGAGAGUUUGUUUUAUCAUCAAAAUGGCAAGUGGACUUGAGAACAUACGGACAAUGGGCAGUUGUCACCGGUGCCACAUCUGGUAUUGGUAAAGCUUAUGCCACUGAGCUGGCACGAAGAGGCCUGGAUAUUGUUUUAAUAAGCAGAUGUGAUAACAAGCUUCAAACUGUUGCCAGAGAUAUCGAGGGUAUGUAUGGAAGAAAGACUCAGACCAUCCCAGUGGACUUCACACAUGGCUACAGUAUCUACCCUGCCAUAGCCAAGGAACUACAAGGCCUGCAGAUUGGAAUUCUGGUUAACAAUGUGGGAAUGACCAGUACUGACUGUUUUGCCUAUUUCCUGGAAACACCAGAUGCUGAACAGAAAAUCACUCAGGUGAUCAACUGUAACAUACUGUCAGUCCCUCAGAUGACCAGACUGGUUCUCCCAGACAUGGUUAAAAGAGGAAAGGGGCUGAUCAUCAACAUCUCGUCUAUGACAGGUGUCCAUCCACAGCCUUUGUUGACGCUUUACUCUGCCUCCAAGACUUUCGUAACAUACUUCUCUCAGUGUCUCCAUGCAGAGUACAAGUCAAAGGGAAUUACUGUCCAGUGUGUGGCUCCCUUCCUGGUGUCCACCAACAUGACAAAAAAUGUGAAAGUGAACAGCUUCAUGAAGAGCGCUACAGCGUUUGCUCGUGAGGCUUUGAACACCGUGGGUCACUCCAGCUGCACCACUGGCUGUCUAUCACACGCAGUCCAGAAUGCGCUUCUCACAAUACUCUUGCCGGACCGUCUUCGGAUGUCGACAUUCCUCAUUAGGAAACUACGAAGCUCAUGCAAGAAAAACGAUUGGACCGGUGAAAAGGGGGAGUAG